CAAGGGACCAUAACGAUAAAGAAAGUUGGUCUGCAAAAGUGUCUAGAAGUCUCUCCGUGAAAACAUACUUCUUUCUUCAGUUGUUUAUCACAUCUCCACAUCCGUAUCGACCCAUAGUUCAAGAUGACUGAUGCCUUUUUGGGCUGCGAGGUGUCAGUGGAGGUGGGUGGUGGUCUUGGGUUUUAUCAAGGCCGAGUCGUCUCUGUGAACUCUCAGAAACAGACACUUACUAUCACCCGCGUCAUACACAAUGGGCGUCCAGAUGCCCUUAAUGAAGUCACGAUUAGUGCUUGCGACAUCAAGGACCUGAAGAUUAUUGCUCGCCCCAGUGAAACAAUGAUGCAAGUGUCUAAUGCUGAAGGAAAAUCCAGCAUGCGGUAUUCUGCCCAGCGCCAGGCACAGCAGUCAUUCCAAAAGGUACAUGAUGGACAGGAACAGAUCAUUCCAAAGCCGCAACAGCAGCAGACGACAGGUAAUGGGCUGAACUUAGGGGGAGGUGAGACACCGCAACAAGCAAAACGGAAGCCUCGCACAUCCGUUGGAGAAACCUUGGCACAUGGCACACACUCUUCAACAUCAAGGGACCAAGGAAAUGAUUGGCAACGCCCAUACCAGCCUUCCUAUAUGUCCCAUGAAUACAGCUCUCCAAGGCGGAAUGACAAAUAUGGCAACGACUCCUCCAGGACCCCAGGCAAGAGGGAACGCAGGCGUAACAGGGAUGAGACCACGUUUGGCACCCCCAUUGAUGACGACAUGCUCAGCACCGAGUUUGAUUUUGAGAAGAACCUAGCGCUCUUUGACAAACAGGCUGUGAUAGAAGAAAUACAGAGUCUCAAGCCAGAUGUGGUUCGUCAGGCAGAUAGAUAUACAGAAAAGAAAUAUAGAUGUGAUGAGAAUGUGCUGCCAUCGAAAGCCCCAGCAAAGAAGCAGAUAACUGUUCCUACUUCCGGAGCUGCAGAAGUUAUCUAUGCAAAUGAUUGUGGACUGCUGGUACCUUCUGUGAGCAGUGAAUUACGGGCUGAACUCUUAUCUACGGCCAACCAGCAUGGCCUCACUCACUCACGUCAACUGGAGAUCAUCGGACGGGCUGCCACAGAGGUCAUUCUUUCUUUGAGUGGAGGCAAUCAUAGGCUAGGACCAGGCAAUAGCCAUCAGCCACCUGUUGUAGUGUUGCUGUGUGGCUGUCAUGUGCAAGGAGCUGCAGGAGUGAAUGCAGCCAGGCAGUUGGAGAGUCAUGGUGUCAGGACUGUCGUCGUCACACCACAGCUGCCCACUUCACCCCCACCGUCUCUGCUGCUCACCCAUGAGUUGCAGCUGUAUGCCCUCACUUCAGGCCGCACUGCUUCUGAUCCAGGUGGCAUUCCGGCCACUGUUGAUCUGAUUGUGGAUGCCAGACUGGACCAUAGUGGGAGAGCAGGAGAGGGAGGCUCUGGGCAUACCUGGCUCACUUCAACAACAAGGUGGGCCUCAAAUUCCCGAGCUCCAAUUCUUGCUCUAGACCCACCCAGUGACUUGGCUGCCAUCCCAUCCACCCAGCCGCCCCUUCUAGCUCGAGUCUUGCUCUGUCCAUCCCUUCCCCUUGCUUAUAAUCCAGCAAGGGGCAAAGUCUACCUUAUAAAUGUACCCAUCCCCCAGCAGACCUUCAAUGCUGUGGGAAUUAAGUACGUCUCACCAUUCGGAGCUAAGCUGGUCAUUCCACUGCACCCAUAUGAGUAAGUGGAAAACUUCUUUACAGGUUAUAUGAUAAACAUGUCACUGACUUCCAGACAUGUUGAUUAUUCUAGUAACGGGAUAUUUUUGAAGGAAGUGAUCUCAUAGUGGUUAUUUUUAUUUUUAUCACAUCAAUGAAAAGAUGUACAGGUGAGAGCAUUUUCGAUACUGGUACUGUAAUUGUUUGCCAGGGUGUCCAUGCUGCUAAAAGCAAAGUCUACUAUUACUCAUACAUUGUACACCCAGUGUAGGAAAUGUUUUUUGUCACAUUUCAAUUUGGAAAGCAUUCUCCACUCAAAUAUUACUAUACUUUACUUAGUUCAUGACAAAUGUUUUAUUCAGAUACCAAUUUGGAUCUGCAUGAUACUCUUACAAUAUGUAGCAUUGAUCUUCUGUUAUGAAAUAUGUAAUAUUGGGUGUUAAGUUGCCCAUUUAUGUUGAAACUAUGAAAAAGAUGUAUUUUUCUAAGGGAAAGCCAAUUUUGAGAUAAGUUUUAUACAGAAACUAUAUAUAUUUGCAUUGCUUUUCUAAUCAAAAGUAUAUCCUAAAAAUAUUUAUUAUGUAAUCAUAUCUCCCUAAUGGAAACAUUAGGAUGUGUUAUGCCCCAGUGAGUGCUAUCUGUUUUGGGUAGGCAUGCAAAUGCGGUAUGUGAUUUACUAGUACAGAUACUAUUAUGAGCAUGUUUUAACAUUGCAGGAAGUGUGAUACCAGCAAUGUUAACAGUGAACUAUUUAUAAAGAAAAGUAAAGGUUUAAAAUGAAAUAGUACUGUUCAUUCAGAUAGAUAAUUCCAAUUCUGCAAGUAAGUUUCACAGAAAAUAGUCAGUGAGGAUUUUUUCUCGUUUUUAUGAUUUAUACAAAUAAUCUGUGAUAAAGAUGUAUACAGGAUUUUUUUUUCCAUUUGAGACAUCUGAAAUAUUGCAAGUUUCCGGAGUCACUUAUUAUGAAGAAGAGAUUACUAACAAAAUUUAAGUUUUAGCAUUAAUCAAUACCUGUUAUCCAGAGAUUCUUGUAUAUAAGAUAGUGAGCAUGAUAAAAAUGUGUAUAAUAAUAAUAAAAAACAUUCUCUUACCUCAAUAGAAAAGAUAAAGCUGAGUGUAUAAUUUAUAGGUACCUAAGCAUAUAUAUAUAUAUACUACACAGAACCAUGUAAGUAGGAGAUAAAGGAUAGUAAUAUAUCAUAGAAAAGUCAUUUAAUAUUAUUUUGAAAACCUCAUACAUUUAAAGAUUUGUUUACAGUAUGGAAAUGCCAGAGUAGAAAUAUUGUAUAUUUUCCUUUAUCACUUUUAUUUUCUAAAGAAAGAAAACAUUGAUUAAUACAUUGAAAGAUAUAAAAGUAAAUAUACAGUUGCUAUGUUAGAUAAAAGAACCUUAUUUUAGUAUUUCACAAUGGAGUUGCUAUUCAUUCAAAAAUACUGGAAUAAAGUAUGUCACCUUAUAUAUGUAUAUGUAAUUUGGAAAAAAAAAAAUACUAUGUAACUUAUAUUUUUCCAAUUAUAUUGUAACUCAAGUGUUCUGUUCUAAGAAGGAGAAAAGGAAAAGAAAAGCUUGGUGGGGAUAGUUUUACCUUUGUUUUAUUUCAGCACUGGACCCAUCUUUUUAUCAUUAUAGUCAUGAUAUAAGUUUGCCAUUUAUUAUUAAGGAGUACUUACUAUCCUAUCCACUGUUCUUGGUCACAUGAUCAAUACUUUACUUGAGAAUUUUGUGAAGUGUGAAGUUGUUAUUCUGAUUUUUAAAAUAUGCAUAGUAUCUUCACAUUGAGCUUACAGUUAAAGUGUCCUUUUAGUUUAAAAUAAAGUUAUUUUUCCAUCUA